AUGCAGUUUUAGAAGUGGCAAAACAUAAACAAUUAUGGUGGCACCUAUUACUACUGCUGCUUCAAUGUGUGCAUUUCACAAUGUUGUGUUAGCAACACAAAACUAUGGUAUAAAAAAGGGCAUCAAACAAGGACUUGGAGUGAAGCGUGGUUCUUGUGGUGGCUUACAAAUGAAGGCAAAUGCCCAAAAUCAUAAUGGUGAUGAUAAGAUUUCCAAAGUUGUUAGCAAAUCUUCUAUUCGUCAAAACUUUACCAUCAGAUCAUAUGAAGUUGAUGCUAAUGGAAUUGCAUCUAUUGAGACUUUGAUGAACUAUUUUCAGAGCUCUAUAAUUGAUCACUGUAACACACUUGGGAUCCACGUUGAUGCAGCUGGUUCUUCGAAAGAAAUGAUCAAAAGGAACUUAGUAUGGGUAUAUAGUGAAAUGCAGGUUUGGAUUUACCGUUAUCCUAAAUGGGAUGAUGUAGUUGAAGUGGAAACUUGGUUAUCUUCAGAAGGAAAGAAUGCUGCGCGCUUCAAUUGGAUUGUGCGAGAUUUCAAAACAAAUCAAAUGUUGAAUAGAGCCUCAAGUGUUUGUGUGUUGAUGAACAAAUUGACAAGAAGAUUAUCUAAAAUACCGGUAGAAGUCAGAAGGGAAUUUGAGUCCUAUCUUAAAAAUUCCAGAAUUAUUAUAGAAGGUGAUGACAAAAAAAUACCUAAACUUGAUGACACAUCAGCAGAUUAUAUUUGUCUUGAUUUAAAGCCAAGAUGGAGUGAUAUAGAUAUAAAUUUUCAUGUCAAUAAUGCGAAAUAUGUUAGUUGGAUUCUAGAGAGUAUUCCAGAAUCAAUCUUGAUGAAUUAUGAGUUAUCUUCCCUGACUUUGAAAUUCAAGAGGGAGUGUAAGAGAGACAGUAAGUUACAAUCUCUAGCUGAAGUUUGUAGUGACAAUAAUAAUAACAAUAAUAAUAAUAACGUUGAGUACAAUCAUAUGCUUCGAUCUGAAGAUGGUGUUGAGAUUUUGAGAGGAAGGACUGAGUGGAGACUCAAACCUACUAACAACUUUGACAUUUUUAAUCAUGAUCCAGAAGCUUCCAUUAAAGACUUGUAAUUGGGACUUGGGAAUUGCAUUAGUCUCUAUUUGGAAAGAUAGGAGACUCGAAUCCGCAACCUCUUAAUUGAGUAUAGGGAGUCUAUACCAUGUGUGUCUCUGUUACUUUGAUGGUUA